AAAAUCCGCACUCUUUUUCUUUUUCUUUUUACCUCCCCCCACUCUUUCAUUCAACUUCAAAAUCGAUCAUGCCCGUUCCUUUUGAAGCCCUUCUUCCUUUUGGUAUUAUUACCGGUUUUUUCAUGGCUACUGCUAGUGGUUUGAAAGCUGUUAAAUACUAUGGUAGCGAUAAACAUCCUCACCGAUUUGGUCUUGACAACUGGGAUUUACAAAUGAUGGAACGUGAUAAACGUUUAACUGGUUCUUUCCGUGGACAAUCUACAAAUCCUACAGCACCACCCGAAUUCGCCACCAAUAGUAUUUGGUAUUUGGAAACUCCAAGAGACAAAGGACAAUAGAUCUAUUCAUCCUUUCAGUUGUUUAUUUUCCUUCAUAUUUGAAAUAGAUCUAUUGUAUCUCCCUCUCUUUCUCUCUCUCUCUCUCUCUCUCCUGUACUCUCUCUCUCACACAUACAUACAUACAUACAUACUAUACACAUCUUUCUUUUUUAUUCUUCCUUAUU